AUGGCAUUGCCAGCCAAGUAUAAGCCACGAUGCUUGGGAGGCAAAGACGCAGGCUCAAGUGCUUUCAAGAAACAAGAUGCGAUCUUGGCGUAUGUUGAGUCUCUUACCAUUGAUCAUCUCCCCAUACCUCUCACGAUUGACCUGGGAUACAGCAAGUAUCAAGGAGCGACUGUGGACGGUGGCAUCAACGAGUAUCUUGGAAUGAGAUUUGCUGCACCGCCUCUUGGAGAUCUUCGUUUUCGAGCUCCAGUCGACCCCAAGUACAACGGAACUGUUCAGCCGGCGACGAGUUUCGGCCCAACGUGUCCAUAUGUUGGGUAUCUCUUUCCUGUUAAUAGCGAAGACUGCCUCUUCAUCAAUGUCUUCGCACCUUCAAAUGCGACUACGAAUUCGAAGUUGCCAGUGUGGUUCUUCCUUUCGGGGGGAGGGUACUCCGGGCUGUCGAAUGCCAACUACCUGGGGAACGAUGUCAUUGCUGCAUCUAACCACAGCAUCAUCAUGGUCAACGUCAAUUAUCGAGUCGGCGCGUACGGUUUCCUGGCUUCUGAGAAGGUUCGCCAAGAUGGUGACCUCAACGCCAGGCUGUUGGAUCAGCGAAAGGCUUUGGAAUGGGUCCAGAAGUACAUCCAUCUGUUUGGCGGCGAUCCUAAUCAUGUGGUUCUGCAUGGUGAUUCAGCAGGUGCUGGCUCCGUUGCCCACCACUUGACCUGGGCGGGUGGCAGAGAUGACCAUCUUUUUGUGGGAACAAUGAGCACGUCGCCCUUCUUCCCAACCGAGCGCACCGUUCCAGAGAUGGAGUUCCAGUUUGAUCGCUUUGCUGAAGCCGUUGGCUGCGGUACGAACACAAGUAACGUCAUGAACUGUCUGCGUUCGAAAGAUACUGCAACGCUGUCAGUUGGCAACGUCAUGUCUCCUUUUCCAGGUGGAAAAAACACUCCCCUUUUCUACUGGCUACCGGUAAUUGACGGCGACAUCAACAAGGAUUUGAUGUAUGAUCAGUUCGAGCGUGGCCAAAUUGUGAAAGUGCCUACCUUCGUCGGUGAUGAUUCAACGGAAGGAGCUUCUUUCGCACCAAACGCCACUUCUAACGCAGAGUUCCUCCAGUUCUUCAAGGACAACUACCCAGGACUGACUCAAAGAGAUCUGAGGGAAAUCAAUGCCAGCUAUCCGCUAACGCCUAUCAGAGGGGAUCGUCCGGCGUGGUUCGGCCCGGCUGCUGAUGCGUAUGGGGAUGCGACGUUCACCUGCGCAGGCAAUGAGAUGGCCAACUCAGAAGCAGUAUACACAUCGCCCUGGAAAGUCUGGAGCUAUGAGUACGCUGUCCCCGAGCCGAACGGUACUGCCGACGGCAAUCCAGUACCUCACACAAUCGAGAUGCCAGCGAUCUUCGGUCCCGCCUCCGUCUAUUGCACUUCUUGCUCGUAUGCAGAGGGACAGGUCAAUCAUCCCAUGGUUCCGAUCGUCAUGUCCUAUUACAUCAGCUUUGUCAAGGCAUUGGAUCCGAACCCCUAUCGACUGCCAUCCACUCCGUAUUGGCAGCCAUGGGGGCCUAGGGGAAACGAGAGACUGAAAUUUGUGCUGGGCGGCACCAAGAUGGAGACUGUGCCAAGAUUGCAGGCUCAGCGGUGCGAUUUAUGGAAGCGUCUGGCUCCCGACAUGGAGCAGUGA